UUCCCCCUUCCCCAACGGCACCACUCCCAAAUCAUCUCUAAACUGCCAUUACCUUUUUCAAAGAAAUGAUUACAAGGAAAAUCACAUACAAAAAGCUCCCCCCUCCCCACACAGGUCCCAACUGUACUUUGAGUGAAUCAACACUCUCCCUUGUUUUCCCUCCAUCUUUGUUUUUUCUCUGUUGUUGAAGUGUUGAAAGUUAAACCCAUCAAUUACACCUUCCCUGUUGAAUGCUCACUUAUCACUCUCCCCACUUUCACACCAUGCGCAAUCCCCUCUUAUCUCUCUUGCGCCCACUUUCCUCAGCACAAAAUCAUUGAACAAGGAAUACCCAGAGGCCAAAGAUCAAGAUUUCUAAAUUCUAAGGAAUACCCAUUUCCCCUCUCUGCUUCCCCACCGCAAAGCUCCAAUCUUUCUUGGAUUUUCUUGAUUCAAUGUGUCUGGGCGGGUUCUGAGGCUCAAAUUCUGUGGAAAUGGUGGCGGAGCCUUGGCUGUUGAGGAUGGGAAAUCAGGUAAGCACCAAUGUUAAGCAUGCUUUACUUCUGGAAAAUUCGAAAAAGAGUGGUGCUUUGAGAGGAAAAGAGUUCAUAGGGAUACUUUCUUUUGAAGUGGCUAAUAUAAUGUCUAUGAUUAUUCACUUGCACAAAUCUUUGACUGACCCAGAGAUAGUUAAGCUCAAGAAUGAGAUCUUGGGCUCUGUAGGGAUAAGAACCCUUGUGUCUGAUGAUGAAACUAAGAUAUUGCAGCUUGCCCUUGUUGAGAAACUGGAUGAUUUGAAUAGGGUUGCUAGUGUGGUGUCUAGGUUAGGGAGGAAAUGCACAAUCCCAGCAUUGCAGGGGUUUGAGCAUGUGUAUGGGGAUAUUACUGCUGGGGUGAUUGAUGUGAAGGAAUUGGAGUUUUUGGUUAAGGAUAUGGAGGGGAUGGUGAGGAAAAUGGAGAGAUAUGUGAGUUCUACCGCGAGAUUGUAUAGCGAGAUGGAGGUUAUGAAUGAAUUGGAAGUGGCUACGAAGAAGUUUCGACAGAAUCAGCACGAGGAGACUUGGAAAGCGUACGAGCAAAAAUUGGCGUGGCAGAAGCAAGAUGUGAGGCAUUUGAAGGAUGUUUCGCUUUGGAAUCAGACUUAUGAUAAGGUUGUGGAAUUGCUGGCUAGGACUGUGUGUACAGUUUAUGCACGGAUUAGUGCUGUUACGGAUGAUAUAAUUGCAAGGAGGGCUUCUAUAAGUGUUUCAAUUUCAAGGGGUGAAAGUUUGCAGCACGUGAAACAAGAGCCCGAGCAGCAAUCUGGUCAGAUUGGUUUGGAACGCUCGAGUGGCGAUUCAAUAAAACCAGUUCUUAGCAAGAGGAAUAGCGGUAGUCAUUCAGGGCCUACUGAAAGGAGAGGUGUACAUAGGAGGAACACGAGCUACCAUCCCCCGAAUGGGCUGCAAAAGAGCCAAGGCGGCUUAUUUUGUUCGAAGGAUUUCAAUUUUGCUUGUGGAGUUGGACUCAUGGAGUGUCUAAGUUUGAGUUCUGCUUCAAAGUAUGUCGAUGAUAAUAAUGCGGGUAGUGAUGAUAGAAGCAGUCAGGUCUCGGGAUGUAGUAGUGUUGCGAGUGGAGCGAGGAAAGAACAAUGGAAUUUCUCAAGGAUGCCCAAGGGUAGUACGAGUAACAAUGCGAGAUUUGGUCCAAAAAGUCGAGUAAUGAUGUAUGCCCUUCCUUCAACCGUUGGAGGUUCAGCGCUGGCCUUGCAUUAUGCAAAUGUCAUAAUCGUCAUAGAGAAGCUGCUUCGAUUCCCUCAUCUAGUAGGCGACGAAGCCAGGGAUGAUUUAUAUCAGAUGUUACCCGAAAGCCUAAGAAAGAACUUGAAGACUACUUUGAGGUCUUAUUCGAAAGGUCUGGAGAUAUACGAUGCACCUCUCGCACAAGAAUGGAAACAAAGGCUUGAAGAGAUCCUAAAGUGGCUUGCCCCUCUGGCGCAUAACAUGAUCACGUGGCAAAGCGAGCGUAACUUUGAGCAGCAUCAGGUUGUCAAGAGAACAAACGUUCUCUUGCUCCAGACGUUGUAUUUUGGUGACCGUGAAAGGACAGAGGCAGUCGUCUGUGAACUGCUCGUGGGACUAAAUUAUAUAUGUCGCCACGAGCAGCAGCAGAACGCUUUGCUCGACUGUGCAAGCAGCUUCGAUUUUGAAGACUACAUGGAAUGGCAAUUGCAGCUCGGAGCAUCCUUUCAAGCUGGAUGACGUUUUUGAGAAUUGGAUACACGACCACAGCCUAUAUCAGUAAGUUAGACGAUUACUUAAUGAUAGCGUUAAAUUCACAGAAAGGUUAGCAUGAAGUAUAUAAUUUCGCAUUUCCACUUGAUGAAGAAUAUGUUACUUGUAUAUAGUUGUCAUGCACAAGAUAGUAUAGUUUCAUAUGUAUUGACCAUUUGAUUGUCCGGGAAGAAGAAGGGAAAUCGUAGUGUUAUAUUUAUUGAUUUCUUUCGGUUAUGAAGUGUGUACCGUUCUAAAGAAAUGCAUAAUAUCUUCUCGAGUACUUGCUUAGUGCAUUUCUUUGUUUUUGCCGAACAUUCAGUAGUCACAUUGAGUUUCAACUAAUAUACAGUCGAGUUCUAUUC